GAAAUACCUUAGUGGGGCAGUAUAAUAAUUUGAAGAAAGUGCCUUAAACUGUUUACACUUUUAUUAUUUUUCAAUUGAGAUAUCUGAAUGAUUGAAAACUGACUUCAGAUAUAAUUUAAAUAUUUCUCUUACAGCUGGAAAUGACACUUACUUAAAGGGUAGAACAGAGACACACACAUGUAGUCCUGCAGUUCAGAUUCUGCUUCUAGUUUUCUAAUAAAAUUUGUUGAAAGAAACUGCCAAUUUAUUAACAUCUUCAAACCCAGGAGACUGAAAAUUAUGGCUACUGUACUAUAUUCCACACUGCAGUUGAAAAAAAGUCUUCUGCUUCAUCUGAGGUCAAGAGAUUGCUUUGCUUCCUUAAGAGCAUUGUUAAGGGUCUGAUAAUUUAAGAAAUUUAAGAUAAAAUAAUGCAUGUGUGUAUGUUAAAGAAAAAACAGAGUAAUAGUCUACUAUAUAGAAAGACUUCUAAAUUGCUUUUUCAAUUGAAAAACAAGCAGGACUCAAUUUAAAAAAUAAGUAUUGGCACUAAUAAUAAAAAUUGAUUUUUUCUCUCUGCAUCUUGCAAUGAGUUCACUGUUUAAAAAAAUCAAAACUUAUUUUUCUAAAAAUCUGUGGACUCUGUAAAAGUUAACUUGCCUAAUCAAUAUGCUCAAGAAGUUUUCUGAGCAACUUGUAUUUUUGCCUUCCCUAUUCACACUAUAUAAAAACCACACUUUAUUUCCUUUCUUUUUCUGAAAAAGCUUUAAAUUAACUAAUUUACUCAGUCUAUGGAAUUCUAGGCCAUGUAGAUCUUGAUUGUACUUCUAACUUCACCACUCACUCUUUAACAGUGUACAGGCUAAUUAUGCUCAUCUGUAAAAUAAGAAUAACAGAUAUUUCCUAGGAUUAUUAUGAGAGCUAACUGAGAAAAUAUGCCUAAAGUUCCCAGCUCGCAGCCCUGUGGGUCUCAUAAGACAGGUGGCCACACUGUUAGUUCCUUUCCUGUUCUCCACCUGUCUCCCUCUCCUGUUCCCCACCCCUCUCCACAACUUAACCUCUAAAUAAUGCAUAAGUAAUUGUAGGGAAAUUAGCAUGAAUGCCCAAAUGCAUGUGUGACUGAAUUAGCAGUGAACUUGGCAUUCCAUAGCUAACCUUUCCCCUUCAUUAAUCCCCUUCUCCAGCCCCCUCAAACACAGAAGUACAACAGGACACUAGGUGAGCUAUGUAAACAGCCAUGCAAGUAAGCAUUUUCUAUCAGAGUUUCGACUAGUCUUGUUCUGCCUCAAACACUAGACAGGGCUCAUGUUGCUCACAAUUAACUGACUCUGGCCAUGUGGUGGCUGCCCUCAAGGUCUGCCACAAAGAGAACUGCAGUUCAAUAAAAUCUUGAACUGUAUUUAUAGCCCACUUGAAACAAACAGUUUCCUUGAAGCCCAAGAAGCCUUCCUUGAGAAUGCAGCAAGUAAUUUACUAGUCCCAGUACUAACUGGGGAGAUAGAGGGGGGAAAUGCAGCAAGUGCAUUUUUUCAAGUACUGCACAUAUAGAAAGCAUUUUCUCCUACACUCUGUCCCAUUUCACCCUCAUGUCCCCAGCCAAGGAAGAAGACAAAACAGGCACUAGUAACAAAUCCCUGUUUUAUAGAUUACAAAAUUGAUGCCUUGGAGCUCAAAUUGCUAAUGAACAAUGGUGGUUGGAGAAAGAGGUAAAACAAAAUGUCUAAAGAGUCAGAAUAAUUUCUUGCUCAUGCAAUCAAUGUAAAAUUCAGUAAGUCAUUAUUUACCUAUUAAAAAAUGUAUACAAUGAAGAAGAAAUGUUUUGUAAAGCACAUGCAAGAUUAAAAAAUGUUACUUCUCCACUUCUAAGAAGAUCAAAAUAUGAGAAAUAAAAACUUAGAGAGACUCUACAGGGAAAUAUUUAUUAACAUGUUUGUAUCUAUUUAUAAUAUAUAUUCAGAGUGAUUAUAUUUUUUGGCAAGAAAUGUCUUCUUAAAGACCCCCCAAAUUAAAAUGUGCAUAAUUGAGACUAAUUUUGAAAAAUAUGAUAAGAAUUUUUAUGAGAAAUUUUAAUUGACUCUGUCAGUCAGCUCUGAAAUAAAUACAUCUUUACUAUUUUUUUUAAUAUGGGAGUUUGAAUAAUUCCAGUAUGUACGCAAACACAAGACUUUAUUAUAUGAGUUUAUGGGCCAGAAAUCACUUUGCUCUUAGAAUUAAUUUGAUUUUGGCAAAUAUUUUAAUUUUCUACAACCCUUCUUUGAGCCCUGUUACCUGGAAACCUGAAAAUAAUAAACAACUUUUUGGCUUGAGAGGGAUGUCUGGGCAAUUGGAAUAGCUACACUGAAGUCUGUGUGUGUGAGUGUGUGUGUGUGCGUGCGCGCGCAAGUGUGUAUUUAGAGAGAGAGAGGUUAUUGCCUGGGUUGGUUGCUUGGCUUGGUGCCAUUUGGGAUUCUCAGAUUUACUGCGUCUCUGUCCUCUUAUUGUCCCAGCUCUGAUUUAUGGAGUUCAGAAUCUCGAAAGGCAAGGUGUCUGGAGUUUAGGGUCUUUCCAUGACAGUCCCUCCUCUUCCCUGUAUACUCCUUGGGCUUGUGGUCACCUUGUGGUGACCUUGCAGGACUCAGCGUUUUUACCUGAGCUUAGUAGCUGGGGAGCCCACUAGUGCUGGGGAGUGAGCCGUGGUUUCCAUUCCUGGGUGAUGGAGUCAUGGGAGAAACUGCAGUGAGCAAACACAGUAGGACCUGAGUUGGGCUCGAAUGUGCUUUAAGCGGCUCAGGACAGAGCAGCUGCUCUGUCUCCCAGCUUGCAAGUGCAGCCUGCAUUUGUCACUGACCACUGAAGUGUAUGUUUGGGCAAGGAGGUGAUCGAGAUCGGAUGACAGCAAAUCAUGAGAGCUACCUCCUCAUGGCAAGCACCCAGAAUGAUAUGGAAGACUGGGUGAAGUCCAUCCGCCGAGUCAUAUGGGGACCUUUUGGAGGAGGCAUUUUUGGACAGAAACUGGAGGAUACUGUUCGUUAUGAGAAGAGAUAUGGGAACCGUCUGGCUCCAAUGUUGGUGGAGCAAUGCGUGGACUUUAUCAGACAAAGGGGGUUGAAAGAAGAGGGUCUCUUCCGACUGCCAGGCCAGGCUAAUCUUGUUAAGGAGCUCCAAGAUGCCUUUGACUGUGGGGAGAAGCCAUCAUUUGACAGCAACACAGAUGUACACACGGUGGCAUCACUUCUUAAGCUGUAUCUCCGAGAACUUCCAGAACCAGUUAUUCCUUAUGCGAAGUAUGAAGAUUUUUUGUCAUGUGCCAAACUGCUCAGCAAGGAAGAGGAAGCAGGUGUUAAGGAAUUAGCAAAGCAGGUGAAGAGUUUGCCAGUGGUAAAUUACAACCUCCUCAAGUAUAUUUGCAGGUUCUUGGAUGAAGUACAGUCAUAUUCGGGAAUUAACAAAAUGAGUGUGCAGAACUUGGCAACUGUCUUUGGUCCUAAUAUCCUGCGUCCCAAAGUGGAAGAUCCUUUGACUAUCAUGGAGGGCACUGUGGUGGUCCAGCAGUUGAUGUCAGUGAUGAUUAGCAAACAUGACUGCCUCUUUCCCAAAGACACAGAACUACAGAGCAAGCCCCAAGAUGGAGUGAGCAACAACAACAAUGAAAUUCAGAAGAAAGCCACCAUGAGGCAGUUACAGAACAAGGAGAACAAUAACACCAAGGACAGCCCUGGUAGGCGGUGCUCCUGGGACAAGUCAGAGUCACCCCAGAGAAGCAGCAUGGACAAUGGAUCCCCCACCGCUCUAUCAGGCAGCAAAACCAACAGCCCAAGGAACAGUGUUCACAAGCUAGAUGUGUCCAGAAGCCCCCCUCUCAUGGUCAAAAAGAACCCAGCUUUUAAUAAGGGUAGUGGGAUAGUUACCAAUGGGUCCUUCAGCAGCAGCAAUGCAGAAGGUCUUGAGAAAACCCAAAUCACCCCCAAUGGGAGCCUACAAGCCAGAAGGAACUCUUCACUGAAGGGAUCUGGUACCAAAAUGGGCACACACAGUGUACAGAAUGGAACAGCGCGCAUGGGCAUUUUGACCAGCGACACACUCGGGAAUCCCGCAAAUGGUCGAAACAUGAGCUGGCUGCCAAAUGGCUAUGUGACCCUGAGGGAUAAUAAGCAGAAAGAACAAGCUGGAGAGUCAGGCCAGCACAACAGACUGUCCACCUAUGAUAACGUCCAUCAACAGUUCUCCAUGAUGAACCUUGAUGACAAGCAGAGCAUCGACAGCGCCACCUGGUCCACUUCCUCCUGUGAAAUCUCCCUCCCCGAGAACUCCAACUCUUGUCGCUCUUCCACCACCACCUGCCCAGAGCAAGACUUUUAUGGAGGGAACUUUGAGGACCCUGUUUUGGAUGGGCCUCCACAGGAUGACCUCUCCCACCCCAGGGACUAUGAAAGCAAAAGUGACCAUAGGAGUGUAGGAGGUCGAAGUAGUCGUGCCACCAGCAGCAGUGACAACAGUGAGACAUUUGUUGGUAACAGCAGCAGCAACCACAGUGCACUGCACAGUUUAGUUUCCAGCCUGAAACAGGAAAUGACCAAACAGAAGAUAGAGUAUGAGUCCAGGAUAAAGAGCUUAGAACAGCGAAACUUGACUUUGGAAACAGAAAUGAUGAGCCUCCAUGAUGAACUGGAUCAGGAGCGGAAAAAGUUCACAAUGAUAGAAAUAAAAAUGCGAAAUGCCGAGCGAGCAAAAGAAGAUGCCGAGAAAAGAAAUGACAUGCUACAGAAAGAAAUGGAGCAGUUUUUCUCCACGUUUGGAGAGCUGACCGUGGAACCCAGGAGAACCGAGAGAGGAAACACAAUAUGGAUCCAGUGAACCUGCUUCCUCCUGCUGUCUCUGAUGGCUCUGGGAAGGACUCCGGGGAUUCUGGGGGGAGAUGAAUUAGAACCAGGUGGCUGGUCACCUGGAUGUACAGAGGUCUAACUGGUGAAGGAAUAUCAUUUACAGACAUUAGCCAUCCAUAUCUGCAAUGUGUACCAAAGUUAUAUCAUGCCCCAUAAUGCUACUGUCAAGUGUUACAACUGGAUAUGUGUAUAUAGAGUAGUUUUUCGAAAGUAAACUAAAAAUGAGAAGCAUAUUUCAAGAAUUAUUUUAUUGCAAGUCUUGUAUUUAAAAUGUUAAAUCAAUAUGUUGUUGCAAUUUAGCUUGCUGUCAAGCUUCACCCCUUGCACUUAACAUAAGCUAUUUUUGGCAUUGUGUUAUCAUCGGCUUAUUUUAUAGAUCAAUAUUUUUAUUUCCCUUUUUGCUGAGGAAAUGAAAAUAAGCAAAAAAAAAAUAUAUAUAUAUAUAUAAAUAUAUGCUAUUAAAAAGAAUACUUUGUGGCUGUGCUGUUUGUGCCAAUAGACUUUGUCAUGACCAAAAAGAGAUAUGUAAAGAGUUUUAUAAAAUACAGUCGAAUCACCAGGAA